GCGCCUGCCCCUUUAAGGCGACGUUUCAUCUGGGGAACGCGCAUCUCGUGUGCGCGUGCAGGUUUCCCUAUAAUAAACCGAUCUUAAUUAUUAUAAUAAGCAGCGAUCUGUCAAGCGUCAUUCCGCUGAUAUCAUCACACGCGUCCGAGGUCUCAAUGCGAUAGACAUUUGAACUAUUCAGACGACCUUUGAAAAGAGAGAUAUUAAAGAGAAAAGACAAAAUGGCUGAGAUGACGAUGGGCAAAGGGGUUUCCGCAGGAAAACUAGCCAGUAACGUGCAGAAAAAAUUAACAAGGGCUCAGGAAAAGGUUCUGCAGAAGCUUGGCAAAGCUGAUGAGACCAAAGACCUUGCAUUUGAAGAAGGAGUGAUAAACUUUAACAAACAGCUGGCAGAAGGCACCAAACUGCAGAGAGACUUGCGGGCCUAUUUGGCUGCUGUGAAAGCAAUGCACGAGUCCUCCAAACGUGUGCAAGAAUGCCUAGCUGAUAUGUACGAACCCGAGUGGGAUGGCAAAGAUGAAAUGGACUCGAUUGUAGAGGAUUCAGACCUCCUGUGGACAGAUUUUCACCAAAAACUAGUGGAUCAUGCAUUAAUCUCCAUGGACACCUAUUUGGGCCAGUUUCCUGAUAUUAAGGCCCGAAUAGCGAAGCGCGACAGGAAGUUGGUGGACUAUGACAGCGCCCGCCACACCUAUGCUGCAGUAAACAAGGGAAAGAAGAAGGAAGGUGGUAUUAAAAUAUCCAAGCCUGCAUCUUUGUUGGAGAGGGCCACUCCGGGAUGGGCACAAGGAAUUCUAUCUGCUCAUAAUGUCGCUCAGACCAACCUGACCAGGUGUCAGGCUGAAGAGGAGUUAGAGAGGGCACAGAAGGUAUUUGAGGAUAUCAACAUAGAUCUUCAGGAGGAAUUGCCAUCACUUUGGAACAGUCGUGUUGGCUUCUAUGUAAACACCUUUCAGAGUGUGGCUGGUCUAGAGGAGAAGUUUCACAGAGAAAUUGGAAAGCUGAGCCAAAAUAUGCAAGAUACACUGGUGAAACUGGAGAAUCAAGACUUGUCCAGAAAAACAGGUAUUCGAAUGGAGAAGACCUCAACAAUUCAAAGGAGUGACCAAGAUGCUAAUCAUACUCUGAGUCCAGCGGUACCAGCGAUCCCUAAAUCUCCAUCUAAGCUGAAACCUGCUCUUCCUCCACCACCUAAAGUCACUCCAUCCAAGGAUCUGAAGCAGGACAACAUUAUUAACCUUUUUGAUGAGGCUUCUGCUGUUGGCAUUAGUGUUACGUCUCCAACACAAUUUGAUGCUCCAGCCAGUAGUAAUCUUUUAGACAUGGACCUGGAUGCACUACAGGCAGCUACCACACCGGUUGCCCCUGCUUCAGCAUCACAGAAUUGGGAUUCAUGGGGGCAAACCGAAAGCCACACUGAAGCAGCCCAGUCAUGGGAUGAUGAUUGCAGCCAACCAGUACAUGCUCCAGCUGCAGAGCCCACUUGGGAUGAUGAUGGGUCCCAGCCGGUGAAGGCUGAGGGUUGGCACAGUGAUGGGGCUCAGGCAUCAGAAAGUACAACUACCACAGAACAGCCAGCACCAACACCAGAAACAACUAAUGAGAGCACAGAAAUGCCACAAAGCUUUCUGUUCAAAGUCCAAGCAAUGCAUGAUUAUGCUGCCAAUGACUCAGAUGAGCUGGAGAUGAAGGCAGGAGAUGUGGUGCUUGUGGUGACAUAUGAUAACGCAGAGGAUCAGGAUGAUGGUUGGUUGAUGGGAAUAAAAGAGGCUGACUGGGUUCAGUUGAAAGAUCAGAGCAAAAAAGGAGUGUUUCCUGAGAACUUCACACGGAAGAUGUGAAAGCCAGGAUGUGACUUUUUGCCAUUCACUUCUCUUUUCCUGAUUCCUGUUUUAUUUGUUUUGUCCUCACAAUUCUGGAUGCUUGUUGAGAAUGGAGGUAUGCGAUUUAUUCAAUUGGCAACACAGGCAGCCGACUUCGACUCAUGGGACGUACAGACAGUAUGAGCAUAUUGACUUUUUGGUCUGUAUUUAAAUUAUUAAAGGGUCUCAAAUGUGUUAUUAUACUGUACAAAGCUAAAAGACCUAUAUGUCACAGUCACAGUAUUGACACAUUGCCAUCUAACUUAAGAAUUUUCUUUUCUGUAGUCUGUAUAAAACAGCUAGAUGAAUAUAUUAAGCCGAAAAAUAAAACCUAUGAGUAAUGUAGCUAUUUGACUAAUACAGAUGAGGAAUUCUGCAUGAUAUUUUUUUAAUCGUUAUAAUCACAUCCCAAUGGAGAAUUAGGAGGACUUGAUCAUCUGAGCACUAUUUAUAGUAGAAACUCUAACUAGCAGACUUUAAAGUACUCAAAUGUACUGUCACGCUGUAAAAAGUUUUAAAUAUAUGCAGCUAACCAGUGACUGAUGCAGCUAAUUUAGACAAUAAGGAAUCAAUGUUCUGCUCAGGAUACAGUAAAAGGUAAAAUAUAUAUAUAUAUAUUAGCUUACACACUGUGCCCUGUCUGAUCCUUAGAUUUUCUAAAGAAAUAUAAACAUGAUUGUUUGCCUAAUUUCUUUAUCAAACUGUAUUAAACAUAUUAUUUUAUAGUAAAACACUAGAUGUCAGUGGUCCCUUUCCUCCAGAUUCUGUGAUUAUGCAAUAACGUCAUGACUUCUGCCACAACAUUUUCUGAGAUAUUCCCAUUUGUUGUGAUUGAAGUAAAAGUUUCCACAGUGAUUUGUAUUUAUGGUGCAUUGUUCAACCAGAAAUAUGCAUUAUAUUUAUUCAACCCUCUUUCUCAGCAUUUAUAGUUUUAUUUUUGUACAUGUGCGCAAAAUGAUAAGUAAAAAAAAAAAAAAGCGAUCCUGGUGAGUGUGUAAAGUGCCAUGGACUGAACUCUUGGCUGGAUUUUACUGUUAUGUUGUGUUUUAGUUCUUUGUGAAUGUUCUUCAUGUGUACAUUUGUUCACUUGGAGCCGUAACUUUUCCUCCAUAUCCCCGUAUAUCUAACAUGAACUUUAACCUCAUCACAAUUUGCACAGAGGAAGAGAUAACCCGGGGCACCCUGACUCACUUUAGAUGUGCUGUGCUCUAAGAGAAAGUGUUGUUUUUCCUUGUUUCUAAAUGAUGUUCCUUCAGUAAGACACUACAAAUGACCAAGCAUGAAGCGUGUCAUCCAAUCGAUCCUUUGUGUGUAAUCUUGAUUUUUUUGUUUUGUUUUUAUUUUUGGUUUGCUUCAGUUAAAAAAUGAAACUACAUCUCAGUGAAGAGGGAUAAGUGAGUUGCUGAAACACUUGAUGGAGUUCUAGUUGAUAAGAUUUGAUAGGAUUUCAUUAGAGAAAACACAUACUGGGUGGAAAACAUAUCCUUCAUGUACUUCAUUAUAAGAGGGUAUUCACUUCUAAUCUUGUGCCAGUGCAUUUGUAAAUGUUUAAAUGGUGACAUUUUGUUCUGCAUCAUUGAUAAAUGUACACAGUACACAUAUCCGCUGUAUACCUGUGACCAUUGUGUGAAUGAGAUCUAAGCAUGCUUAACUCCAUGUGCAGUGUGUAGACGUAUUUCUGUUUUCUUGCUGAGGUGGGUUUCUUGUCCAGGUCCACCUUCUGCCUCUAAGCCAUGAAUAUUCUUCUUCUAAAUCUGUGUAGCUUACUGUCAAGUCAGCUCUAAUAAAUGUUGAUUUAAUCCUA